AGUCCAUUUGAGCAGCAGCAAGGGAUGAAAAACAUCUACUGAAUUACACUGAAAAGAUACAUUGACAAACAAGGAAUAUGUACCUGUGUGAAAGAGUAGCAGAUGCUCAUGAGGUCUCAUAUGAUGACAUGGAGUCUGAGCUUGCUAAACAUAUUAACAAUCUCGCGGACCAGUUUUAUGGGCUUUAGUAUCCUCAAAGGCAGAGUACUUGCCUACGAGUUGGCACGUUGAAACAACAUCCUUGUCCCAGACAAUUGGUCAAGAAAUGGAAGGGCAGUGCUGUGAGUGGUGUCUCCUAGGAGACGGAAGGACCAUGUUCUAAAGGUAAACAGACCACAGCAGAGUGAUGAGCUACAAGCAGCAGGGGGAGGGGCUAGGUGAUGCUAUCUUGGAGGAGCAUAAGGCUUCACCUGCUUCCAGAAACCGGCAGCCCAAUAGCACAGGGGGAGGAGGAGAAGGGGUCCCUGUCCGGAGAAGUUGGAGACCCUGCCAAAUGCUCGGUCAGGAUGGGCAGGAACAUCACCACCACCAUCAUCCUCCUAUUCCGCACCAAGGCUCGGGCCGUGGCUCUGCACGGCACCGUAGACAAACUCCCUCAGGGCAGGGCCCAUCCAGACAGUGGGAGGGAGCAGACAUGGAGCCUCCUCGCCACACCCAGCCGCCUCGCCCUGGCGUGGCCCGCUACCGCCGCCAGGGAGAGCCCAGGGUCAGAGUUCACAGACAGAGACCGCCGACGAGAGAUGGCCAAGACACCCACGCCCCGCCGUUUCAACAGCAACGGUCAUCUGGCGCUCCCCUGACUGAACAGAGGGACAUGACUGGUCCCGCAACAAUGAAGCAGCAGCACCCCCCACACUCCUGUCCACCCCACCACACACAGAACAGUAGAGCACCUGACCUUACUGCUGGUACCUCUCCUACCCCCACACACCACACACCAUGUCCUACUGCCCCUGAUCCCCCUUCCCAAGACCUGCAUCAAACCCUUCCCAACAUAGAGUCUCCCCAACCUCAGGAGGUAGAGGAGGAAGGGUACAGCUCAUCCAUAACGCAGUCUGUUAGUACUCAAAGUGGAUUUGACAACCAGACCGACCUAGAGAACCAGAGGGAGGGGGGCCAUGGAGAGGGGGAGCUAAAAGAGACCGGUCUGGGAGAAGACAGGAGCGAGAGGGAUCUGGUAGAGGAUGAUCAGGAAGAUAGAACUAAUGAGUACUGUUCUGACACUGAGAGUGCUGCCUCGCUAAGCAUGGAGGCUCCGCCCCUGAGUUCACCUCCUCACCAAUCACCAUUCUUGCCCCCUCCACUUCAGUCUGAGAACUCGGACCAAUGUAGUGACGAGUUUAGCCCAAGUCCCACCUAUGAAAAUGACAUAAUGCCUGAUGAUGAGAGCUACACUGAUUCUCCACUGUCCCACCCCAAAUCCUUCACCUUCAGAGACUCGUAUCCUAAGACCUAUGCAGAAUUCUAUAAUGAGUCUUACCCACAGUCAGAAUCUAUCACAGAAUCCAACACAGAGCCCUAUGCAAAAUCCUACCCUCAGUCUUUCCCUGCACCCUUGAAAUUGAUUAAUUAUCCAGACAGGAGAUCUGAGGCUGACCCUGAUGAGCCAUAUUCAGAACCUCACCCAGGGCCCUGCAGUCGUAGACAGAGCGAGCAUGUUUAUAAGGGAGCUACAGACACUGAACCCCAACCCCAUGACUCCUGGCCAGGUAGGGAUGUGGGGUUACCACAGACCAGCCCCCAUUGGCAGGGACGCUCAGUCGGCUCAAGGCUACACCACUACAAUGACACUACGUCUGAUGGGGAGGACGACAGCCUCAAAGAAAGCCCCAGAUCCCAAAGCCUGGGGCCACCUCCCUGGAACGUGCAAGGUGAUUCCCAGUCAGAGCGUGCCAGCUCUGGGCAGCCUGGUUCAGGUGAGUUCCAGGAUGAGCAGGCCGGGAUGAAGCUCCGAUCGCCAGCGGAAGGCCUUUCAGAGGACAGUGUCACAGGCUCAGGAGAUGCUAUCUCUCUGGCCAUCAGGGACAUCCGAGAGGCCAUAGAGGAGGUGAAGACAAAGACGGUGCGCUCGCCCUACACUUCUGACCAGCCCAUAGAGCCUGUGUGGGUGAUGAGACCGGAGGUCAGUCCUAAUGAGGACGAAUCCUCCCCAGAGCAGCCACCGGGUGGCGACCCUAUCUCUCAGUCUCCUUCACACUAUAACCCAGUCCCAGCUCGAGUUCCUUCCCCUGUCCAUGUUCCAGUACCAGCUCCAUCCCGAGUUCCGGUGCCAGUCCCAGAGCAUGUCUGUCCUGUGAGGGUAGAGUCCUCCAGAACACACCAGGUUCAGCAGAGGGAGCAUAGAGAACAGAGGGAGCCGCUUAGGCCACCAUCCAUUGAGGAGAUCCAUAUGCCGUCCUUCCCUACAUACGUGGAAGUCCCAGGGCCAUGUGACCCAGAGGACCUGAUUGAUGGCAUCAUUUUUGCGGCCAGCUACCUGGGCUCCACCCACCUGCUGUCAGAGAGGACUCCCACUAAGAGUGCCCGCAUGCAGCAGGCCCAGGAGGCUAUGAGCCGUGUCAGGACUGGGGGUGAGAUUCCUUCUUCCACUGAAGUGGAUCUCUUCAUGUCUACACAGAGGAUCAAAGUGCUGAAUGCAGACACUCAGGCAUCCAUGAUGGACCUGCCACUGAGGACCAUCUCCUACAUCGCUGACAUGGGCAACAUGGUGGUGCUGAUGGCCAGGGGGAAGAUGGUACGCUCCAGGAGCGCUCAGGAACAUCUGAACCAUACAACUGACCACACCAACAGCCCUGCCCGCGACGACCUCCCCCAGUACAGGAUGGUCUGCCACGUGUUUGAGUCGGAGGAUGCCCAGCUCAUAGCCCAGUCUAUUGGUCAGGCCUUCAGUGUGGCAUACCAGGAGUUCCUGCGGGCCAAUGGCAUCGACCCAGAGGACCUGAGUCAGAGGGAGUACAGCGACCUGCUCAACACUCAGGACAUGUACAACGAUGACCUCAUCCACUUCUCCAAGUCAGAGAACUGCAGAGAUGUUUACAUAGAGAAGCAGAAGGGAGAGAUGCUGGGCGUGGUCAUAGUGGAGUCAGGCUGGGGCUCUAUUCUGCCCACCGUCAUCAUUGCUAGCAUGAUGCAUUUUGGGCCUGCAGAGAAGUCUGGUCGGCUCAACAUUGGUGACCAGAUCAUGACCAUCAAUGGAACCAGUCUGGUUGGACUGCCCCUCUCCACUUGCCAGAGUAUCAUCAAGGGUCUGAAGGCUCAGUCCAAGAUUAAGUUGAACAUCGUCAGGUGUCCCCCCGUCACUAUGGUGCUGAUCCGCAGACCAGACCUCCGAUAUCAGCUGGGCUUCAGCGUACAGAAUGGCAUUAUCUGCAGCCUGAUGAGGGGGGGCAUUGCUGAGAGAGGAGGGGUCCGUGUCGGUCAUCGCAUCAUUGAUAUCAACGGUCAGAGUGUGGUGGCUACACCUCAUGAGAAGAUUGUUCAAGUCCUGUCUAAUGCAGUGGGAGAGAUCCACAUGAAGACGAUGCCUGCAGCCAUGUACCGUCUAUUGACUGCCCAGGAACAGCCGGUCUACAUCUGAGACUUGCUCUCUCUCCCUGGACUAAACUCUCCAUUCCAGUUCACAUCAAGGGGUUUUUAUUUAAUUACAUUCAUCAGCCAUGUAUUUGAUUUUCACAUCACUGUUUGCUUAAAAUCAAAGUAUUUUCAUGCUACUCCGCACUGACUUGCCUUAAUCUGAACCUGUUAAACAGGUGCAUCUCUGAAGUAAAACGGCAGAGUAGUUUACCAGGCAGAUUAAUGUUUGAUCAGUAACCAGAUAGCUGAAUUUAAAUAUGCGUAUUGAGGAGAAACACCUUUGGUCUUUCAGGAUCCUAUGAAUGUACUGUAAAUUGUCUCCAUGGGGGUGUGGUAACCCAAAUGUGAGCUUUUCGGUUGCAGCUGUACUAUAAUUUGCACCUGGUUGAAUGAACUCCCAGAAACAAUCCUGCCUGAGGCUGCAUUAGAAACACAACAUAGUCACCACGACACAAAUGAAAGUUUAAAAUAGAUUUAUUUGAG